AUGGAUUCAUUAAAACUAACAAAAGGUGGUUCAUCAACGAGCUCAUCAUCUGCCAAUAAUGCUGCCGCCACUUCAUCCACUACCACCACAUCAUCCUCAUCAACUUCAUUGUCAACGUCAUCCGCAGCAGCAGCCACCAGCAGCACAAAUAAAUCAUCUUCGUCGGCGGCAAGUAGCUCCAAUAAUAGCAGCAGUACCAGCACCAAUACCACAGUUCCAAUUACGGUGCGUUUUAAUGCCGGCGAUGAAUGUAUCGAUGAUCUGUUCCAAUCAUUUCACAGUUCAAAUACUUCUACUACGGGUAUUGGAGGAGUUGGUGGUGGCGGCGGCGGCGGUGGUUCGAAUACAAAUCUAUCGGCAAGUGGUGGUGGCAUUGAUUCGCUAUCGACAAGUCCUUCGUCACAGCAACAACAACAUCAUCCAACUUCCUUGAAUAAUCCGGAUGAGGUCAACACCCGUAAUAAUUUUCUACAGGGAAAUUUCUUUAAUCGCAAAAGAUCUGGCAGCAUCGAAGGUGUCUCACCCACAUCGGUUGGUCCCAAUCUAAUACAAGCUUUGUCGGGAAGUGAUGCCACGUCUAUGGGCACAUGGAAAAUGAUUAAAGGCAAGGUAUCGCAAACAAUUGAAGACAUUAAAUCAUCCAAGGGUAGUAAUUUUACAACGACAACCAUGACUCCACCAGUCUAUCCCACAGUGGUUAUUAAAGCUGGUGAUCAACAACAAACGCCAGCAAUUGAAUUCGAUUCGGAUCAAGAAACCAAAACUUCCAUUAGUGAAGAUCUCUCCAUGGAACAUGAUCGACGCAGCAGUGGUGGUAGCACUAAACAAAAACGUUCCAGUAAACUAGAAGAUUCAGAUACAGAUUUUGAAAAUGAAAUCCUACUCGAAGGAGAUUCAGAACAUUCUCGGUUGCGACGUGGUUUUGCCCAUCUCAAAUCGAAAGUGAAAGCCAAACAUGAAGCUCAUCAGGCGAAAAAGACAUCAACAUUGAGCACAGCGACGGUACCACCCACAGCCAUAAGGGGCUCGGUGAAAAAGGAUACCAGCCCAAGUCGUAGUACUGGUUCCUCUUCAUCCUCAACAUCCCUAAGGGGCAAUUUCCUAAGGCGUCGUCGCAAUAAAGGUGUCGAUCCAGCUGAACAGGCUUCACCAACAAAUAUUUCCCCAGUCUCAGCAUUGGCUGCCACUGUGGCCAGCGGGGAAAUGGCUGCCGCUGUACCAGUUGUAGUUAGCGGCAAACCAUCAAAGAAAUCAUCCUCCAAAUCCAUUAUGGAGGGUGAAAAAACCAAAAAGGACGUUGAAAUCGAAUCCGGUGUUGAAAUGUUGGAAGAUAUGAUACCACCAGUGGCCACACAUAACAACGAUGAGAAUACCCCAUCCUCCAAAGAUAAACAUUCAAAACGUGAUGAAUUAGAUUUACCCCUAUCUCAAACCACAACGGGAACUCCAUCAUCAUCGACAACAACAGCUGGUCAUGAGGUUAAAGUCGUCUAUGAACAUCCGGCCACCAUUACCAAUGUAACUUCCCAUGACUCACCAGCAACAACAGGCUCGGCAACGGCAACGAAUUCCCAAACAAAUGGCCCCAACGCCAGCACGAAUAGUCAUAGUUCAAAUUUACGCCAUUCCAUGACAUUAAUUGUUGAUCGGGCUAAAUCGCUACCUUUGGUUUCCAUAUUCGGUUUAAUCUUAAUACUCAUCUUGCCCAUUCACGAUUUUAUACGCGGUGUACUGGCAUGCAUUCUUAGUAUUAGUAUCAUUGAGGCUAUUUGGCAAUUUAUACAAAAUGUUAUAGAAUAUUUUACGAUUAGUAUCAAACCGGAAAAGCGUAAAUUCCAAGUACCCGAUUAUAGUAAAAUGUCAAUAUGUGAAGUGCCGGCCGUGGAGGAAUUUAAAACGGUGAAGUCAUAUGGGGGUUGGAUGAACGAAGUGGACAGCUAUGAUCCAAAUACUUUUCACAUAUCUAUGACUCGCCCGGUCUAUAUCAAAUUGGAGGGUUCCAUUUUACAUAUCUCCAAUACCAAUGCUCGCAUACCCAAGCGUGCAAUGUGGAAUGAACCACCCAUAGAUCGUAAAUCGAUUAUAUUUACAACCCACCGUAGUUAUAAUUUAUUGGGUUGUCGCAUUGAACUGUUGCCCAUCGGUUUAGCCAGGAAAAGGCAUUUCAAUCGUAAAUAUCCCAUACAAUUGAUAGUGAAACCUUAUAAAGAAGCUAAAAAUAGUACCAAUGGCGAGGUCACAAAACCCAUAGUUACUAAACAUCGACGAUUUAGUCGACAUCGUGUUAAGGCGGAAAAGCCAGAAACUAAGGAAAUUGUGGAUCCCAAGCAGACGCAAAUGGAAAGUGCCAAGACCGAGGCAGAGAUCGAUUUUGGAGCAACAAUAAUGAAUGCUGAUUUACAAAAAUUACAAGAUGACGUAAAUCCCGAUGAGGAUUUAAAUGCAAUUACUGUGCCCUGUGGUGAUGAAGUACGCAUAUUAUUAUUUGCACGUGGAGCCAGAGAGAAAGAGGAUUGGUAUCGACGUUUCGUGUGUGCCAGCAAUGGCGAUGUCAACGAUCAGGACUUACAUUUAAGUAAUGUAAAGCUAGUUGAUGACAAAGGUUUACAGGCAGCUGCCACCAGGGCUGCCCAAAUGCUAAUCAAUCCCAAGGCCCCCGAAAAGGAUGAACCCGUUGAAAAUGAAGAUGAUUUCGUUGAUGUAACGGCAGAUGAUUCGGAUAGUAUAGAGGGCCUGCUAAUGACUUCGGGUGCGGCCCGUAAUGAUGCUGAUUAUAUUAAAUUUAUGUCGUUAUAUCAGAAUGCUUGUAGACAAUCACGUAUUCCCGUUUACAAAGGAACUGUCAUUCAUGCAUCGAGUGAUAAAAGAAGUCAUAAACGUACCGUGCGCCAUGAAAAUGAAUUAUGGAAGGGUAUUGAUCAAUCCCUGUUUUUGGGUCCCUCUGGUAGUGUGGUCUGGGCAAAUGUCUUGGUGGGACGUUUACUCUUUAGUUCAUUGCAAAAUGAACCAAUGUUGGAGAAGUUGCAGGACAUUUUACAAAAGAAAUUGAAUUCCAUAAAGUUACCCAGUUUUAUGGAAGAUGUCAUUAUCAAAAACAUCGAUUUGGGGGAUAAACCUCCACUACUGCAUCGUGUCUCCCAGCCGCUGCUCGAUGAACGUGGCCUGUGGUUAGAUAUGGAUGUUACCUAUGAGGGGUUGUGCCAGAUAACGGUAACCACAAAACUCAAUUUGUUACGUCUGAAACGACCAGCACGUAGCAGUAAUUAUAUGGGCGGUGAUUCAAAUUAUGCACAAAUGUCUAAUUCACCACAAUAUUCAACAUUAUUGAAUAAUGAUUUGGCUGGAACAAGUGAUAUACCUUUGCCAACGGGUAGCGCAAUUUAUGAUAGUGAUGCUGAAAGUACUGGUAGUUCAAGUACUGAAUCUGAAGGUUCCAUAUCCGGUUCAUUGGGUGAUAAUCCGAAUAGCGUAAAUGAAGGCUCCACAAAUCCUGGCAAUGCUAGACGUAUAUUCAAAUUUGUCGAUCGCAUAGCUACUUCCAAUUUUUUCCAAUAUGCCACGGAAUUGUCAUACGUUCAGCGAGCCAUGGAGAACAUGAGUACCACCAUUACCUUGGGUAUCGAUUUGCAUGGUUUGGUAUCGCGAGUUACAAUAAAUAUGCCACCACCGCCUUCCGAUAGAAUAUGGCUAGCAUUUCGUGCUCCACCACGUCUUUGGCUAACCGCACGACCCACUGUGGGUGAUAAAUCGGUGGACUGGUCGAUUGUCACCAAUGUCAUUGAGGGUAAAUUGUGUGAGGCUGUGAACAAAUAUUUGGUCUAUCCAAAUAUGGUGGAUUUGACGGUACCAUUAUUGGGUAAAUCGGCCACAAACGAUUGAU